AGCAAAGUGAGCAGCGAAAGGCAGGAGAAUGUCCCUAUCCGGGAGAAUCCUCAUCAGUCUCCUGCUUUACUUGCCGCAAGGUCAGACACAACUGACUUGCAAAAUCAACCAGAAACAGCUGAUCACUGUCGCGGUGGUGAAUGAAGAGGUGAGCUUCCAGUAUGGGUAUAAAUGUGAAAGCACCAACAAAUCAGCACCCCUGACAAAGGCCAUCUCUGUCACCAUGCUGCUCUACAAGGAUACGUCCUCCAACAUUCUGCAAAGUUCCAAGGACUCUGUUCCUCUGACAGCAAUUAAGGAAUGGAAUCUGACUGUGAAGGGCACAAACUACAGUGGGAUGUACUACUGUGCCAUGAAAAUCCAGUCCACACACUUCCAAGGGACAGGGACCUUAUUAUACGUGGUGGCGAGCGUGCAGCCACAGCAUCAGACGUCGAUGUAUACAGUAAUGGGGAUCUCCACAGCCCUGGCGGUCUACAGUGUGUCCGUCACAGUGAUCGUGCUCGUCAAAGGGAAGACCUGGUCCCGGUGUAAAUCCUACUGGACGAAAACUCCCAAUGGGAACGUCACUGAGAAGAAACGGUCGACCACUGAGAGCUUAGGAGGGCAAGUGGGACACCCACCAGAGGAUGACAAUGCGUACAUGACACUCAAGAGUCCCCAGGAAUCUAUAUACAACACGCUCCAUGACGCUGGCAACACAGAAGGCACCUCCGCCGCGAAGAAGUCGCUAAAGAAGGAGCACACGGAGCCGGCGGUGGCUGACGCCGACGUCUACGAGUGUGUCUAUGAGACUUACUGAGUCCGGCUCCGGCGGGGAACAGCAAGGAGCGACCCGCCCAUCCAGUCCCACGCGUCCGCCCCUGCCGCUGCGCGUCUGUCGCGGAGGCUGCGUCUCUUCCUGGAGCUAGUGCCCUCGGCCAUCCCUCCCCCGCAGUCAAAUGUCCACGGGAAUCCCUAGAGAAAGCGUAUCCACAGACUCAGGACAGCGGGAGGUGUUCACUCACCCGCUUAGCUGGGCCAGACCUUCGUCUCCCCAGGUGUGUAGCCCGCAGGGGUGAGCUAGAGUCUCCUGUUGCCAAAUCGUUUCGCUUUUUUAAUUUGGCGAUACCGCGCAGAAUAGGCCCUCCCGGCCUUCCGAGCUGCACAACCCAGCAAGCCCCAGUAAUCGCAGUUUAACCCUAACCCAAUGAUGGGGUAACUUCAAUGACCAGUUAACGCACCUGCGGACUGCGGGAGGAACCCGGAGCACCCGGGAAACCCGCGCAUUCAACGGGGAGGAGGUACGGAGGAUGCCGGGUUUGAACUCCGCACUGUGGCCCGAGGUGUAACCGGGCCGCACUAACCGCGGCCCCCCCUCUGAAAUUUCCGUCGCGUUCUCACUCCGACCUGUCCGUCUCUGAGACCUGCUCUCUUCCAACAAAGCCCGAAGUUCAUCACACCAUCUUCCCGCUGGAAAAUAAGAGCGUUUCUGCUCCACAGUCUCGUCUGAUCACCAGAUAGUCCAAUCUGGUAUCUCGUCCCCUGCAUCCAGCAGUCACAGUCUGGUGUUCCCACGUUUUGUUUCACCUCCUCCUGUAUGCACCACCCACAGAGAUUCAUCCAGAAAUCAGAACCGUCCGAAUUAGUACGUUAACCUAGCCAGGACCGGCCCCACCGUGAUGCAGGUGGUAAGGAGGACUAGCCAAGUCCCAACACACACAAAAAGCCAGCAAGUCAGGCAGCAUCUAUGAAUGGGGUAAAAGAGUCAAUGCUUCAGGUGAGACCCUUCAUCGGACCCUGCUGAAGGGCCUCGGCCCGCAGCGUCGACUGCUUAUUCCCCUCCAUAGAUGCUGCCCGACCUGCUGAGUUCCUCCGGCAUUCUGCGCCUGUUGCUCAAGGCUUCCAGCUUCUGCAGAACCUCGCAGUUAGUCCCAAGGUGUGUGUUUCUCAGCAUCAUUGUGGUUGAGCUGUGGGUUGGGGGACGUAAUCAGACCCCAAAGGGGCGGUCUCCGGAACAGCUACAGGCCAACUGCAUUAACGGCAAGGAGGGGAGCAACGGGAUCUUCACGCUCUGUUGCCCCAGGCCACAAAUUGUGACCGGUGGCACCCCACUCUGAAAGUGGGACGGUCAGUGAGGGAGCAGAGUAGCACCAAGGAGCAUAAAAUAUAAAGUCUCCACACGGUGAGGGAACAAGAAAAAGGCUAGUCCCAGGAUAAUGACCUUUCCAAUAUGAGAUCAAAUGUAGUGAUCGGGGUCUUUAAUGUGAGCCUUAAUCUGGGGAUUUUGGCGGCUGGGCUCCUCGUAUUUUUUGAGGCUCGGAGACGAGACCGAGACCCGAUAUUGCCGCAGGUUUAACUGACCCAUGAGGAAGUGGGGGUGCCAGCGGGGAGAUAACCUGAAGUGCCUGGUCCAGCUCCAAGAACUUCAUCUGGGAAAUGAUUGCUAGGGCGGUCCACGUUUGGGUGAAACCAAUGUUGGAUCCGGCAGCGAGGAGAAAUCUCGCUCCAGUCAGUGCCGUCGGUGGCCCAGACACUUCCCUCAGUGAGGCUAAUGAGUGCUGUGUCCACAGCAACCCAACGAAACAGCACAUUAAAGUCAAGCCUCUUGCGCUUCCAUCAUUGGACAGAAAACGUAGCGAGCAAACUCCACAAAAAUGUGAAUUAAAGGUGUGCGCA